AUCUCUAAUAGUUCGUAAAGUAAAUAUAUAAAAUAGCAAAUAGGUAAAUGUGAAAAUUUGUGAUCUAUUUAACAUCUAAAAUUUGAAGUCAAAUUUUUAGGGACAUAGAAACAGAGUCAAGCGACAUUAUAUUAAUUAAUGUAGUCGUUAUUUAAAAGAAAUUAAAUGAAGUAGAUAUAUUUAGAUUUUAAGUACACUCUUAAGAACCACCCUAACAUAUGUUACUAACCAUUCACAGUUUGUUAUAAACAAAAAGAACCCAUCUCUAUUGACGUGAGCUUUUAUUGGUGCUUAUUUCAUAAGUAAGCAAAUAAAAAGCGCUCCCAUAACGAAAUCAUACUUUAGUGUACAACACCAACGCCAAUCGGUAGUAGGAAUAUAAACAAUUAUGAAUAACAACUCGAAUGUUUUGACUAUUGGCACUGAGAGCACUGGAGAUUUCGAAAGCACAAAAACACGCAAUGAGUAUUCUGUGUCUGAUUUUGAGAAGCACUUACAGAAAAUUUUACUGAAUGGCGGCAAGCCUUUGACAAAUGUUUGUGAUGAAGGAUCCGUCGAAAGAUUUGCGGCGAAAGAAAUCAAGAAGAACGGAUACUACUACGAGUUCGGUCCGGCUGAUAAGAUAAAUGGCUGGAUGAUAAGCGGACCCACUUUUGACUCCAAGGGUAUUCUGGGACGAUUAAAGAAUGUGAUUGGCAAGGAGCACUGGAUAUCCAAAAACGUUGCUAAGUAUCCGAAGGAUUCGAGGAACUUCAUAAUCAAAACUGUUUCCAACGCUUUGGAUCAAGAAAGAUCAGAUAUUUACUCAUAUUUGUGUUAUCUAAAUGAAAACACUAAGAGGAGGUGAAGAGGAGGUGGUUUGUUUGCCAUUCACCGUUGUUCCCAUUGUUUAUAAACAAAAUCAACCCAUCACUAAUUUAGAGCUUUGAGGAAACUUGUACCCGAAAUGAUUUCAUUAGUAAAUAAAUAAAACAACACAAACGGGCAUUAUUAAUACUAAAGCAGAUUCAAAAAUGACGUCAACAACAAACGUUUUAAGUAUUGGAAAUGAAACCGAGGAACUAUAUUACAAGGUACAGAAAACAAGCAACCCUAAGGCAUAUUUUGAGUUCGAGUUUGAGAACCACAUGCGAAAAUUACUGCUCAAUGGCGAAAAACCCAAGGAUCUGGAUGAAAAGUCCAUCGGAAGAUUUGCAGCCACUGAGAUAACGAGAAAUGGCAAGCAGUACUAUGAGUUCGUUCCUGACGGAUACAAAAUUGGAGUCAUCAUCAGUGGAUGCUCAUUUCUGCCCAAAGACAUGGUCUUCCGCGUGAAAAAGAAGAUUGCCAAAGAACACUGGGUUAACGAAAAUGUAAUUCAAUAUAAAAAGAAUUCAAUGCGCCACAUACAGGGUAUCGUAUCCGAAUGCUUGCAGGAAGAGUGCAAUGAUAUCUACCAAUAUCUAUGUUAUCUGAGACAAAAUGAUCCCAACAAGUAAAAUAAACAUGUAAUAUAUAACUUAUAGAUUUAAAGUUUCAUAUAACAUAUUGUAAUUAGCUUUAAGUGAGGUCGAAUAACUAUCUGCCAUUUGAAGAAAAUAACUGACUCAAUUUCACCAUAAUUUCAAAAUAUUUGUUAUUUUUUACCAGAUACAUAUAAAAAAUAAAGGUGACUAAUGCUAAGCUUGUCAUAUUUCAACAAUCCAACUAUCAAUUCAUUUGAGUUUCAGUAACCGCAUAGAUUUUGAGAAAGAAAGUUCGAAUUUUUUGUAAAAUACUAAUAGAGUGUACUAAUACUAAUAGAAAAGGAAGUUCAAGAAAAAAGUUCGAGUACUUCUAAAACUUGUCAAACACGUGUGCCUAAUAUUUCCGGAAAAGUGGAGUCAAGCCAAAGCGUUUCCUGUCUUGAAAAUAAAAUUCUAUCGGUUUCUGAUCUACCAGUAAAAAGCCC